GCUGAGGCGCAGCAUAAAGUGUCUAUUCACGAUGGAACCAAUUACGAUAGGGUAUUUCUCGAGACCUUUCUUGGCGUUGGGGGCUCUUCUGGUGUUAUUGGUUGGGUGUAAUACGACGUUGAUCCAUUCUCGAAUGAGCCCAUUUAUCCCGAUGUUCUUGCGGAACAGCACAGCCUUAUCGGAUCCUCUGUUAUGAUGAUGGUAUUCCUUCUCACUCUCUGGUUCAGAGCCUCCUGGUGAAUUAUUUAUAAAUGGCGUAUGCUGCAGCUGAAACAUGGUUCUGGGUGUAGUACAAUGCUUAAU